AUGGCGACAGAGGUACAGGCUUUGCAGAAGGAGGCUCUUAGCACUCAGCAGACUCUCCUAUCGUUCAUGCGUCAAGGAGAUCAAUUAAAGGCACAGAUUCAAGGGUUGAACACCCUCAUCCAGAUGAAGCGAAUAACCUUGAAUGCCCUGGACGAGGUUCCGAGCGCGCCACUUUACAGGGCCGUUGGACGAUGCUAUGUUGCACGAAGUCGUGAGGCCAUUGCUUCAGGGAUCCAAGAGGAGAUUGCUAAGGGAGAAAAGGAUGUAGGGGUAUUGAAGUCUACGGCUGCGUACGCUGAGAAAAAGCAGAAGGAAACGGAGGACAAGCUCGCUGAGGUGCUGAAGAACCUCCAGAGUGCUGCCAAGUAA